CAAAGCAAGAACGCGUGAGUGAGCCCUAAAAAUAAGGUCUCCCCUUAUGGCGCUCGCGCUUGGCCACGCUGCCUUCGUCGACGAGGAUUACGCCCGCGCGCUCGAGCUCUACAAUCAGGCAGUGCUCGAGGAGCCUUCCAACGCUGGCGCGCUGGUGAGUAGAGCACAGGUCCAUAUCAAGCUCGGCCAUUUCACAGAUGCUAUUGCCGAUGCAAAGGCGGCUAUCGACCUCAACCCGGCCCUGUCCAAGGCGCAUCUUCGCCAAGGGAUUGCCUGUUUCUCUCUAGGGGAAUACGAGACAGCCAGGGCCGCUUUCGAGAAGGCUGCAUCGUUGGAAGACGAUCCAAAAACCCGAGACUGGAUCCACAAGUGCGAUGAAAAACUCAAAGAGGAGUCUGGCGUUCCACAGGAAGCUGAUAUGCGUGAUAGCGCCACGGAUGAAGAAGUUUUCAUGACUCCUUCGUUACCUCCUCCCAAAUACAGGCACGAAUGGUAUCAGUCUCAAGAAGCUGUCGUCGUUACCGUCUUCGCGAAAGGCAUCAAGCAAGAGGACGCGCGUAUUGACUUUGGAGAACAGAUGCUCAGCGUAGUAAUCAGAGUUCCAAACGAGAACCCGUACGCUUUACAGGUUCGCUUAUUCGGGAAGGUGAAUGUUCCCAAAUGCAAAUGCAGUAUUUUGAGUACUAAAAUCGAAAUCCGACUCUCCAAAGCUGAUGACACGCACUGGAAGGGCUUGUCUUACGAACAAAAUCAAGGGCCAGUGCUGAAGACUCCGUCGAGAGUGACUGCAUAUCCGAGCUCCAGCAAGAAAGCUGCCGAAAAAAACUGGGACAAGCUGGAAGCUGAAGUGAAGAAAGAGGAGAAGGACGAGAAACUGGAGGGUGACGCUGCACUUAACAAGCUCUUCCGAGAAAUAUACGGCAAUGCGGACGAGGACACUAGACGGGCCAUGAACAAGUCAUUUGUUGAAUCAAACGGGACCGUUUUAUCGACAAACUGGAAAGAGGUUGGCAGCAAGAAAAUCGCAGGAAGCGCCCCACAAGGCAUGGAGAUGAAGAAGUGGGAGGUUUGAAAAGCUUCAUAGCCAGGAUAUUUUACGUAUCCGCUUUAUAACUUGUGUGUGUUUGGAAUUUUAAGCGACGGCGAUUUUUUACAA